UUACCGAUGGCCAUGAAUCAUGAAUCAGAACAAAUAAUCUAAGCUUCAAUCCAUCAUCAUCAUCAUCAUCAUCGUCAAUGAUCAUGAAGACAAUCGCUGUCUUCUCUCUUCUCCUUCUUGCUUCUACACUUCCCUCUUCACUCGCUAGGGGUUCCUUUCAAACCCUUCUUCCAUCAGCUUGAAAGCUGAAAUUUUGAAGCUGCUAAGCACAAACACUUGAAGCACGAUCCUCUGUCAGUCUCGGACAUCAACAUUGACACAUAUACACAUUUUUUAGGAGAUGUUAGUGCUACAGAGAUUUGAAGUUUCUAACUUCUAACUGCUAAUUUGUUUUGGUAUUGAAAGAUUUCAAUCACCAUAGUAAUGUGAGCCGUGCAAGGCAUUUGCUUGAAGAAAUUGAAUCUCGGUCCCGUACUAGUGUUGAUUUGACACAAGGUUAUAUGAGCAAUUCUGACCUUGAAAGGGCCGUCAAGGAAUUUGGACAAAGAUGCAGCAACAUUUCUAGGAUAUACAGUAUUGGGAAGAGUGUGAACGGAGUUCCAUUGUGGGUGAUUGAGAUUUCUGAUAAGCCAGGAGAAGAAGAGACGGAACCUGCAUUUAAGUAUAUUGGAAAUGUGCAUGGAGACGAACCUGUGGGCCGUGAACUUAUUAUGUUUUUGGCCAAUUGGUUAUGUGAUAACCAUUUAAAAGAUCCUCUGGCCAAAUUAAUUGUGGAGAAUGUUCACCUUCAUUUACUUCCAUCAUUGAAUCCUGAUGGCUUUACCUUAAGGAAGCGUGGUAAUGCAAAUAAUAUUGAUCUGAAUCGGGAUUUUCCUGACCAGUUCUUAUUUUUAAACGAUGAUGAGGAUUCCCGGCAACCAGAAACAAGAGCAAUAAUGAAUUGGUCAAGAGAUAUACAGUUUACAGCAUCUGCAACAUUGCACGGGGGUGCACUUGUUGCGAAUUAUCCUUGGGAUGGUACCGAUGAUAAGAGGACGUUCUACUAUGGAUGUCCCGACGAUGAUGCAUUUCGAUUCAUGGCAAGUAUAUAUAGCCACUCCCACUACAACAUGUCUUCAAGCAAGGAAUUUUUAGACGGAAUCACAAAUGGAGCAGCAUGGUACCCUUUAUACGGAGGAAUGCAAGAUUGGAACUAUAUACAUGCUGGCUGUUUCGAAUUGACAUUGGAAAUUAGUGACAACAAAUGGCCUGUUGCUGCAGAGCUUCCUAUUAUUUGGAAAUACAACAAAAUGAGCAUGCUUAAUCUUGUUGCAAGCCUUGUGAAGACAGGAGUGCAUGGAAGGAUAUAUUCUUCAGGAGAUGGAAGGCCAUUACCAGCCUCUAUUACUGUCAGCGGAAUAAACUACACUGUUAGGGCCGGAAGAACUUUUGCUGACUACCAUCGCUUACUUGCCCCGAGAGAUAAAUAUGAAGUAGUGGCAACCAUGCCAGGCUACAAGUCAAGGAAUACAACAAUUUGGUUAGAUGAAGGAGCUAUGACAUUGGAUUUUGUUCUUGAUCCUGAAGUUAGUGUGAAAGGGGGUAUACUGCAAAAUGUUUAUGAUUGCAACUGUGAUAGUAAAAGCAAACUAGAAUUUGUUGAGUUUCUUUGGGGAUCCCACUUUGAAGUUUUCUUUGUUUUCAUUGUUAUUUUAGGUUUUUUAUGCAUAUUAUUUCAGAAGAGAAAAAAAGUCAAAAUUUCAACCACCAAACAAAGAACUGUUAUGGUUUGAGGUUUUGGUAACUUAUUUGCAUCAAACUCUGUUGUAUACUAAUGUCAGUUUUAGAAAAUUUCAUUUUUUUUCCUGUUGUAUAUUUAUUGGAAUAUAGAUUUAAUGGAGGAGGCCUUUAGAAUA